CUGCAACCGAGGGGUCGCGGAUUUACCGCAGCAAUCGCAGCACACGACAAGCUUCAUAGUGGGGGCUAUGCUGCUGCCCCUGCUGCUUCCCCUCAAUGCCCCCAACUUUCAUGCGGCCUGUCUCCAACUUGGUCUCGCGGGGUAAAUGGUGAUGAAAGAGAGAGCUAACACUAGAGGAUAGAGCGGCCACUUCAACACAUCAACAAGAAAGGGCGGCCGGUUUCGCAAUGCCAGCACUGCCGCGCAAUGCGCAAGUCGCGCUCGGCCCACGUCAAGUGCGACUGCGGCGAGAAGACGCAUAAGUGCGUGCACUUGAGACCUGUAAUCGAUGGUCACAAGGAAAGCUGCUGCUGUGGCCAUGGCGGUCGUUGCACUUGCUCACACAAGAGGGAACCGACGCUGGACACGGUGCCCGAGUCGGACUCGGACGAGCCCAUCCCAUCGCAGCCCAAGAUCGCCAAGGCGAGCUCCCGCCCCAGACGCCGCGCCAACACGACCAACUCGGAUGCCUGCCUGUCUUUCGACGCCAAUGGUAACCACAAGCCGACGUACAAGCACGCCAAAGCUUCGCAGAAAUGCGGCCCAUACCAGCUAACCCGCGGCAACUCGGUAACGAGCGCGAGCAGCAUGGGUAGCAUGAGGAACCGAUCAAUGGACGACCUCUUUGGCGCCAGCACGAACGGCGAUGCCAGUUCCGCGACCGGAAGCAGUAGCAAUGAUGGGAUCGCCCAGGCGCAACGCCGGGUCAAGUCGGAAGCUGCCUCGCCCCUCUUAGAAGGCUCCUCCUCUUCUUUUGCCCAGCUCAAUGGGCAGCUGCCGCCCUUGGAUCUUUCGAGUAUCAAGUACCCCUCGUACAUCCCGAACAGCGCCGACUUCUUCGGUGCCCUGUCGGAUUAUGAGCAGCCCAUGUUUAGCGCUGGGCUGAGCGCGGCUUCGGUCGAUUGGAGCAACUAUGAGGGCCUCGAACUCGCCGGCAAGACAUCUGACUUUGCGCCUUCGAACUACAGCCAACCGCAAAGCUACGGUGGCUUCGACUUUGCCGGGUCCGAGAAUAUCCCGACCAUGACGACAACCACUUCGACGUCGGGCGAAGUUUCCGAAGUAGAGGACUUCCUAUCGAACCCGCUCGAUGAUUUUGAGACGUACCAAAGCAGCGCUUCCAUCAACGGGUACGGAUUUGGCCACGCGCACGUCGGUCUGCUCGGAAACCCGGACCUCACGAAUCUGGACCUUGACGAGUUUAGCUACAUGAAGAAGGAUGCCAGCAAGUUCCUACCGACCCCCGCCACCAUGUCCGGCGACGACCCGACGUUGCUCCCCACGAGCGCGCCCGCGUUCAACGGCGUCACCUCGCUGGAUGAUGACCCGGGCUUCUGGAUGAACGACUACACGAUGCCGGCCUUGACCGAGUCGCCGACAGAAAGCAACAUGGUAUCAUUUUGGGACGGGCAAUAACACGGAACGAUACCCGGUAGCGACCAUCGCGACGGUUUCUCGCACCUUCCGGUCUCGAAUACCCCGCUCUCCAUCAGUUCCAGAGUGAUGAUUCAAGCAGCGAAUACCCCCGACGCCACGUACAUAUUCCUCUUGUUCGCCG